AUGUCUUCUCUCUAUUCGACAGUUUACAAAAAGCUUUGGGGAUACCAUGAGGUCGAUUUAGAUGAAGAAGAACAGGACUUGAACCCUCCACGAAUGCUCGGUCGCCAUUACAACUCUACUUCAGGAUCUCUUUGGCCCUUUCUCGGAUGGGUGCUGGCUGUGAUUCUCGCAGUUGCCCUUGUGGCUAACCAACGGUUCGAGAACCAGAGCGACCUAAGUUGUCAGAGACAACUAUCAACUUACUCCCCACUAAUGGAGGAAUUCAACAUGGACAGUCAAGUUGUCCGCGUCAAUGGCUCCCUUGACUGGCCUUCGCCUUACCGUGGACCUCCAAGUCCAGAGGUUGAUGCGGCAUGGAAUCGGAUAUCGAUAAUACGACCACUCGACAUACAAUUGACACGAGACGAAUUUCUGCGCCUUGAUGACGAUCCCGAGACGGCGGCUCAUAAUGCACCAGAACAUGGUGGACAAUACUUCUUAGUUCCGCAGUCAACACAUCAUUUCCAUUGUUUGAACCUUCUCCGCAAGUCAACUCGUUUCAAGUUCGACUACUAUGACGCCUUUGAUCCGGACUUUACCAAGAACCGCAAAAUGUUUGAAGUACAUCUAGACCACUGUGUGGAGAUCCUUCGUCAAUUCAUUAUGUGUCAUGUGGAUGUUGGCGUUGUCACUUCUCACUGGGUCGAAGGUCGUAAAAAGCCAUGGCCGAAUUUCAAUACCCAGCAUGUUUGCAAAAACUAUGAGCAAGUGCUGGAGUGGACAGAGAAGCAUCAACUUCCCGAAAAUACCCCGCUUAUGCCUGCAAAGCCGGCUGGAGUUGCUGAAAUGAGUUCCCCUCCGUAA